AGAUAAUUCGAUUUUUACAACUUCAUUUGUGAAAGCAAAGCAAAUCAUUUUGCUUUAAUCGCAUCAUGUUAAUUAAUCUAAAUAUGUUUUAAUUUCAUCAAUUAGCUCAUUUUGACUAUCAUCUAGCAUGAAUGGCUGGAGCUGAUGACGUAAUAGUGCAAUGAUCAAACUAUUCUUUAUUUCCAACAUUGUUAAAUAUUGUUAUUGUGUUUACUCUACUGAUUUUCACAUUUUCACCUUAUGCUGGCGAGACCAUUCAAAUCUUUGAUCAGACCAGCUGUUUACCUGAAACUAGUUUUAAAUUUAAUUGUAAUUCUGAUCGAGACUUAAGGCCAUCAACCAUGACCUUAUGGCCAUUGACGCUAGAAAUUAUUACAACCUUUCUCCUAUCUAGUCUUUUACUUUACCGGUAUGGCAAUUGGACGGAACAGUCAAUUGGAGUAACAAUAUCUGUCUUCAUUGCUUGGUUUUUCUCAUUCAUUGUAAUUUUUAUAUUACCUCUGGAUAUAAGCUCUACUGCUUAUCGCCAGUGUUUAAUUGAAGCAAAUGUCACAAUAUCAAGCACAACCACGACUACUACUACAACAACUACUACAACCACAACUGUUUCACCAAAUGCUACUGAAUUACCAUUGCACAACAUUACCUCUCCUCCAGUGAGUAACACCACUGAUAAUGGCUCUUCUAGUACUGAUAACUCUGAAAUAUUGGAGGAAAUUUGUGGACAUCCAUGGAGUUAUGCUCAAAAAGACGUACUUCUCACUCUUUGGGGCUUAGUAUAUUGGUCUAUUCAAGCUUUGACGUGGGGAAUCUUGCCUAUCAUGCAGAGUUACUCUAUGGCUGGCGAUUUUACCAGACUUGGCAAAAUAAAAUCUGCUUUUGUUGCUAAUGCCAUUUAUUACGGAUCAUUUGCAACAAUAUUUUUCAUCAUUCUUAUAUAUGUUGCCAUUCGCACAUCAUUGGGUAUGGCUGAAUUAAAAGUUAUUUGCACAACCGCUUCAAACACCUGGGGUUUAUUUCUAUUGGUUGUACUUCUUGGGUAUGGUCUGGUUGAAAUACCCAGAAGCUGUUUCAAUACAUCACUUCAUGGCAGAACGUUAACCUAUCUUUAUUUUAAAGUAGCUAAGCUAAGCGCUGAAAAAAUUGAAGCAGAAGAAAGAUUAGAAGAUGUUCUAGAUGAGAUAAAUUGUGCAUAUCAAGCUAUAUCACCAAACAAUACUCGUUUCCGUCAAUAUAUUAACGAGAUACUGGAUAAAUGUCCAACAGACUGGAGAAAUAAUUUACUUUCUCGAUAUCAGAAUCUCGACCGUGGCUCAUCAUCAGCUAUCAGAUCGGGCGGAAUUGCUUAUACGGAGAAAUCGCUUAUUCGAAUGAACCAACAAAUAAAGAAAGCAGUUCAAGACAAUCAUAGAGUGCACUGUCAAUGGAGAAAUCUCAUUACUAAAGCCAUUGAUUGGGAAGAUGUUUCCCGUAAUCAAAUCAGUCAAAGUCAGUUGUUUAAACCAACCCUUAAAAGAAGCCCACCUGAAUCUCCUUUAGUGCGAAUCUUCUAUGAAAUAUUUUUUACUCCUCGAGUUGAAUGGUAUUGGAAAUGUGCCAUACGAGGACCUUUCUUCAGGUGUUUAGCUUACGUUACUGGGGCCCUAUCUUUAAUCGUAAUUUGGUCCGAAAUGACCUUUUCAAUCCAUCAUCCACCUUUAAGUAUAUUUGCCAGCAUAUUUGUUACUCUUAAAAGAGACCACAAUUAUUUCUUAAUUGAGUUUUUCUCAAUCCUGUCUAUUGCAUAUCUUUGCGUUUGUACAUAUUAUACUGUGUUCAAAAUCCGUAUAUUUAAUUAUUAUUAUCUGGCGCCACAUCAUCAAACUGAUGAGUAUUCACUCAUUUUCUCGGGAAUGUUAUUAUGUCGUCUAACUCCUCCUUUAUGUCUCAAUUUUCUUGGACUUAUAAAUCUCGAUUCUCAUAUAACCAGAGCGAGCGAUCAAGAAGAUGCAUCAUUCACCAAGGUGAUGGGCCAUAUGGAUGUCGUUCCUUUAAUUCGUGAUGGUUUCAAUAUUUAUCUCCCAAUUGUUAUGUGUAUCUUUUGUAUGGCUACAUUCCUCCAAUUUGGUUCACGUUUACUGCAUUUCAUGGGUAUUGAACAAUUCAUGAUUGACGAUGAAACAAAAUCCGAGCUUAUCAAAGAAGGAACAGAGCUUGUUAAAAGAGAGAAAAACAAGAAAAUCAGACUUGAAGAAGGUAGCAAUUUGAAUCGUGAUAGACGAAAUUUAACCAGCUAUUCGUCAACUCGCAAUCAAUCUUCCUUAAAUGUUGAUUCAGAUGAUCCCGGUCGAACUCCUAUAUCUCGUAGAGAAUACCGUGAUAAUGGAAAAACUGAGCUGCUAAAUGAUGUUGAACCAAUAGAUUAUUCAAGUACAACAUCAGCUCCGAAAGAUUAUCAAUCCUUUGAAUCUCGACAGCCACCAACCAACUUAUUUGAUGAUAUUUAAAGAAUUGUUAUUAUUUAUUUUUAUGGCUGAUUUGGAAGAUCAUCCUUAUAUUUUGAGAGAUAAUUUCAUCUCAAUAGCUGAAUUUAGAGUUGAAAGUUCGUUAUGAAAAAGACCAACAUAUUGAAUAGCGGACAAUUCCGAAACUCAGCUUUGAAAAUUCAUACACGAAAUUGUUUCUUCAUCAUCUUAUCUAUUAUGAUUCCAUUUUCUUUUACAUCUUAAUUCACAGCAAAUCUAAUUGUAACUAAGACAUGAUGAUAUGUUUGUGGCGACUUGAAAUGCCUAUAAGGAUCAUUUGGAUUUUGGCUUCUUAACAAUGUGUAAUAUAAAAACGGAUAAAAUGAUAUGAUUUACAUUAAUUCAGUGUAUUGUCAAUCUAUUGAUAAAUGUAAAAAUAAAAAAUAUUUUGAAACUGA